UACAUUUUAGAUUUUGCGCCUCUGACAACUCUAACCGCUCGGACACAGCUGUUUGUAAAGUUAUUGGGAUUCGAGUAGUUUUUAUUUCAGAUUUUUAACCAAACUCGGUUGGUUUUCUCUUGCCUGAAAAUUAUGCGGAGCAUUAUGGCCAAGAUUCAAGGCACCUGUGAGGAAUUCUGCCCCGAUGGCGAGAUUAAAAUGCGGGUGCGCGAGAGAAUGCUUCACUUCUUUGAACUCAAGAAUGGCCAGAAGAACGUGCCCGGUAUCCUGGUCAAGGAAUUCACCCGCUCUGCCGCUGACGUCAAAAUGCCCAAGAAAGAGGAUAUGCGCACCGUGCAGUGCUUGACUCGGACUGUGGAAUAUCUCCUUAAAGAGAUUGUAAUGGAUAACCGAAUGCCUUACCGCAUGGCCUAUGAUUUCAUUUUCGAUCGCCUGCGUGCCGUGCGCCGCGAGAUUGUCAUUCAGAUGUUGGAUGCGAAACAGACUGCAAAACUUCUGGAGCCAAUUGUCAUGUUUCUGGCGUAUAGCCGGUACCGUCUGUGUGCCGAACCAAUUGAUAUGUUCGAUGCGAAGAUAUGCAAUCAGCAUCUGCAGGAGUGCCUCACUGGAGUGCUCUGCUGCUACAAGACCUUUGACGAAGAUGAAACGGCCAAGAGUCCUACAAUUCGUGAUCUUCAACGGCGCUGCUUCAUCGAGUCUGUGUAUCAAGUGUUCAAUUUGGGCUGCCCGGAAUCUCUGGAGCGGGCCCUUACCUUACCGGAUCAUGUGCGCCAGGAUCCGACGUUUAAGCUCUGCUUUCAGAUGAGUCUUUCCUACCAUCAAGAGAAUCUCUAUCGCGUCCUAGUAGCAUUGCCCAAACUGCCGCACAUACUCUGUGCCCUGGCCGCCACAAAGUUGCAAAUGAUACGAAGAAGGAUUCUUCAAAUGUUUACGCAUGCCUACAAUAAGCAGUUCAAUGUGCCGGGCUCGUACUUGUUGCGUGUGAUGCUAAUCGAUUCGCCGGAGCAUUUGACCCAGCAGUGCUGCCAUUACGGCCUGGAAGUGAGCAAGGAAUUCGAGCGCGUUCCGGUGCUGUGUAAUAGGUCUGUGUUUAAGAACCCCGCCGAAACAAAGCUACUGUAUAUACCCGGAGCUGGCAAUGUCCCCAAGGCGGUGCGGUUUAAUAAGUCUGAUUUUAUAAACUCUGCUGAGACAAUCAAGGAGCAGCAUGAACAGUUUGUUGAUUCCAAACUGAAACGAGUUUAUUUGCCAGAAGUUUUACUUCUCAAAAAAUUCGUUUGAGUGCGUGUAGUGGG